AUGGCGCAGCCGGGCGACUCAACAGCAGCGGCAACAAAGCAUGCUGCUACGAGGAAUCGCGCCGACACAGGUGCUAGCCUCUCUGCUCCUCCGUUCGGCACUUCGUAUCGCUCAGCCGCCGGCAGCUCGGUCAUCUCAAACGGUAGUCUUCUCGACCUCUACGCUCGCUCGCCCGGCUCCUUUCCAGAGUCACUCCAGUCAGACAUCGCCUUUUCCAGCAAUCCAGGCGCGCCCACUGCUGAACAGCCUCUGGUGUCUGCUGUGUCUUCCAAUGGCAUGCCGAUGACUCCGACUGCACGUGGCUUCCAGACAGCAAGCCAGGAUGCAUCGACAUCCACUCCUGGCUUCUUUAUGCCUCCCAGCGACAGCAAUGCUUCUAUCUGGACUACAGCUUCAGCUUCCGCAACCGACUCACUGCCACAGAGCAAACGUGCUUCCGUCGCUGGAUUCGACGUUGACGCGAUUCGCAGUGUUCAGCCUGCACACGAUAUCCCAGCUUCCGACACGGCAGCUGUCGAUUUGCCGCCUCCCCCUCGCAUCGGCGUAGCAGCGCCGCAGGAGGAUAGCGAUGGCUCGCAUUACGACGAAGACGAAGUACCAGACCACGAUUCGUUCGAUCAGUCGGCAGAUAGGACCGCUGAGCCUUCAGCUGCUCGCAAAAGCAAUGCCGCCAACGAGAACGACCGGGACGGAGAACAAGUCUUUACUAACGCAUUGCCAUCUCCGCCUGUGCCCAGGCGUACCAGCAGUGUGAUGCAAGACACGUUCAACAUCUCUCCCAGUCCCUCGUUGGGUGAGAGCAUGGCCCGCACCGCAUCGUCGACAACCCGCCAUGCAGCCUCGCGCUCCGGCUCUGGUCAGCUUGUAGCCGAUCAGAUUCCUCACCGAUGGAGCAGCGCAGAGUUCCGUGACGACGCUCCUGCUAAGCAUCCUUCGCGGCAGGCGGCUUCGCCGGAUCGAGGGCCUUCGUCUUCCCAGCCCAGCCCAACGAAAGGGACCCUCCUUCCUGUGGUCAACGAAAAAGCAGGCCUGUUGGCACAAGGCAAGGCGGCUAGCAGCCGGUCUUCUCACGAGCCAAGCCUUGACGAGCAGAUAAGACUUGAGAAGGAGCUGCUUGCCGAAACCGAUGCAUCGCGUCCUCGUACGCUCAAGGAAGCGCGGGAGCGAGCCAAACUGCGCAGACAGCAGACCGACACAGCAUCUCCCCCUUCAACUGCCGCUCCCACCAAAGAACCGUCAGCAGCGAUGUCGAGCAAUCCACGCCAGGGUGCAUCCCUUCAUGUUCGAGAUGUCGCGUCCUCGAUGAAUGUCACGGCUGUUGAUGACAAUGGCUCGCGCAGUAGUAUCGACUCCAAAGAUCGUCCUUUGCGCAAUCCGAAGCGCGUCUCCAAUCGCGAAGGCUCCCUUGCUGCCGAUCGUCGUUCGCUCUCGGAGCGCUCGGCGCCGUCCGACUAUUCGCAUAGCUCCUCCGGUGCCGAGGGCGCCUUUACCUAUGAUGAGCCAGCAGCACUGGCCAGUCGAUACCUCUCCACGGCUGCGGAACAAGACCAGCAGGCCACGAGUAUGGACGAUCUCACCGACGCCGUCGAUAGUGCUAUGAACGAUCUCAGUUUCGGCGACGGCGACGAGACGCUCUCUGCGAAUGAGGAGUUCUCGACUCCCAUGCCACCACCCAAGCCGCAGGAUGAUGCGCGUCCUCAAAUCCCGACGUCGCUGCCUUCGGCGAGAAGCUUGGCAAGCAUCACGGGUGUUUUGCCGAAUGAUGCCACGGACGCUGUCAGGUCCAGUCCGCUGGCCUCGCCAGCAAGAUUUACAACCCACACGCCCAAAUCAACUUUCUUUCCCUCGGGGGCGAGCCACUCGCUGUCGACACCACCGCUCGGCUCUCCGGUCCACCAGCGUACAGCGCAAGUGCCGUCGGCACCUCAACAACGCUCCGGCCCCGCCGUUCCCAGCCGCAUCGAUGUCUACGGCAAAACGUUGCCAAUGCCGAAAGCGUUUGCGAGCAGCGGCAUCAUCGUCGACAAGAAGCGCAAGUCGUCCUGGGAGCGCGCUGGCACCUACGCACGCUACACGAACGAGCUUCUGCAUCUGCAGACUGGGUUGAGCCUGUGGAUGGAAGCAGUGCAACGGCCAGCGAUGCGACAGCAGCAAAACAGUCGUCCCAACCAAGCUAAGCAGACCGACGACUGGUUGGCGCAAGGAACGCUGCCAAGAUCGAUGCAUGUCCGAAACGAAGGGUCGUACGCAGACUCGGUUCGGUCCGAUAUGACUUUCCCCAUGCGCGGCGACGGUGCCAAGGCCAAGGAGAUCGUUUCAAUCAUGCCCACUAUGGCCGAGUCGUCGCCUGUUCGCAGUCCCAUCAACUUGCCCUAUCCUGGCGUUGUAGCUCAGCAGCAACAACCGCCACGAUCCAACUCGACGCAAUCUUUCGUCUCUGUUCCAGCAUCCCUUUCGAACGCUGACUCGCUCGCCGGGGUUGGCAACAGCUCGCGAGGCUCUGGGCUAGGGGGCGGUGGGAAUCGAUUCUUCGGCGGACUCGGUCGCAAAGGUAGCAAACGUACGCAACCCUCUGCUCCCGUGCCGAGCGUUCCUGCUGCAUCGCCCUUGUCCUCAGCUGCUGCGGCAGUGGGCGGAUCUCGUGCGUACCUCGCAAACAACCGUGCUAGCCGUGGAACAUCACCGGGUGCGCCCGGCGGAGCGGCAGCAGGUGUGGCGAGCGGCUAUCUGUCGUCGGCGAGGCAAAGCACGGAUACGUUCGAGACGAGCCAUUCGAGUCAGAGUCGGCCUGAGAGUCCGGCGACGGGACCUGUGCGCGUCAGCGGUCUGGGGCUGGGUGGUUCCAGCGGCGAAGUCGUGUCCAGCCCGUUGGCGUCGAGCUCCACCGGGCGACUGGACUCUGUUGCAGAGACGAAGGUGAAUUCAGCGUUGCGUAGCACGCCGAUAGCUCCCGGGGCGAGUGGCACGACCGGUCUGCGGGCACCUCUAGGUCCACGUGCGCCCAACUCCAACCCUCGACAUCCGCAGGACAUGUCACGCAUUGGCUCGGGACACAGCCAGACGGCAGGAUCUACAGGAGCAGCGCCCAUCACGCCCGUAACGCCCGUGACGCCGAUUACGCCAAUCACGGGUGCAUUCGGCAGCGGGCCGACCUUCGUCUCGCGCCUGGGUGGGGGCAGCUUCAGCAGUUCUGCCGGUGGAGGACACACGUCGCGCUCGCCGGGUCGAGAGGGCUAUUCUUCACCCGACUUCCUUCCCGUCCCCACGCGUAGGACGAGCGAUCUGUCCGGGUUAUCGCCUGCGUCGCCGCCGCUCUCGUCUGCUACUUCUCACGAUGCGGCGUCCUCCCCCCGCCUGGGUGCUGGGCUGCGCUCGUCGUUCUCGUACGGCUCGGUCAGGGACCGUAUCCGUCGUGGCUCGGACACUGGCACGGAUGACGAGGCGUUUCAGGCGGCGCUGACCAAGUUGGGCGAUAUUCUUCCGGAUGCAGACGAGCAGACGUUGCGGUAUUAUCUGAAGAAGGCCAAGGGGAAUGAUUUGACCGCGAUCGGCGAUUAUUUGCAGGAUCAGAGCUUGGGCAAGUUGCCUAGGUUUUAG